ACAGCAACGAGUGGACCCGUCUGCUUCUCUGGAGUUGGAGUUCUCAGUUUAACAACCUCAGCAUCCUGUUUUUUAAAACACUUCACUAAUUUAAAUCGAUUUAACCGCUCGAUUUACAUAUUUUCAUAUCGAUCAUGGCGGCCUACAAGUUGGUGCUGAUUCGCCACGGGGAGAGCAACUGGAACCAGGAGAAUCGGUUCUGUGGCUGGUUCGAUGCAGAUUUGAGCGAAACCGGGGAGAAGGAGGCGAAGAGAGGUGGACAGGCACUGAAGGAUGCUGGCUUCAAGUUUGACAUUUGCUACACCUCUGUGCUGAAGCGAGCCAUCAGAACAUUGUGGCUGGUCAUGGACGGCAUCGACCAGAUGUGGGUGCCAGUGCACCGGACCUGGCGGCUCAACGAGCGUCACUACGGUGGCCUGACGGGACUUAACAAGGCCGAAACUGCCGCCAAGCACGGUGAAGCUCAGGUGAAGAUCUGGAGGCGCUCAUUUGAUAUCCCUCCCCCUCCCAUGGGCCCAGACCAUGACUACUACACUAUCAUCAGCAAGGAUCGUCGCUAUGCAGACCUGACUGAGGACCAGCUGCCUUCCUGCGAGAGCCUUAAGGACACCAUCGCACGAGCACUGCCCUUCUGGAACGAAGAAAUCGCCCCUCAGAUCAAACGGGGAAAGAGGGUGCUGAUCGCUGCCCAUGGAAACAGUCUGAGGGGGAUUGUCAAGCACCUGGAGGGAAUGUCAGAUGAAGCCAUCAUGGAACUGAACCUGCCAACCGGCAUCCCCAUCCUGUACGAGCUCGACAAGAACCUGAAGCCUGUGAAGCCGAUGCAGUUCCUGGGGGAUGAGGAGACCGUACGCAAAGCCAUGGAGGCUGUUGCUGCUCAGGGAAAGGCCAAGAAGUAAAGCAACAGAAAGGUUCCCUCUAUGUACGGUGGUAAAGUUUGUCCCAAACAACUGGCCUCAGAUUAGUGUUUUUCCUGAAUCCUAAUUUAUUUUGGGUUUUAGUGCUUGACUGAAUAUACUGUAGAUUGUUGUCAAAGGCAAUCUCACUCUACAUACACAGUGCAGGGGAGCAGCAGGUGGCCAUGGACUGGGAUAUAUUAGAGCCAUGGGGGCCACAGCUCUCAAGAGAUUGUAAAUAAUAUUUGUUAAAAUUGUACAUUUAAGAAAUAAGUGUAGGAUUGAAAUACACAGUAUUACUAAUGAAGGCAUUGUCUUGACUAUGUGAGUAUCAUGCCUUUUGCAAAUGAAAGAGGCGAGGUUGACAUCCUGGCUGUGGUCUGUCUGCCACAUGCGAGCCACAGUAUGUGUUGUGAAGCUGCACACACAUCAAAGGCUGACAAACACAAUUUUAUACAAAUAAAAGAAAGUGUCAGUUUGCCAAUGCUCACUGUAUAAUGUAUGUCAAAUGCACUGAUGGUGGUAAAGAAAUUAUGCCUGCCGCAGACACCAAUAUAUAUUGUAAUCUAUUAGAAAUUAAUUAAAAUUAUUUACACUCACUGGCCAUUAUUAGAUGAGUCUGAAUUCAAAAGCAUGUGUUUGAUGGAUUUCACUAAUAAAGUGAUAUGAUUUUGCAAUCUCUUGAGAGCAGAAUGCAAUAGUUAUGAUCAAUAAACAGUCCUUUUCUCUUACAUUGUCUGUCAGUGAAUGGACUUUGUGCUGUCCCCUUGCAUGUUGUCGUUGUCUGUAUUGUGUCUGACAAUUUCUAUGUUUCUUUUUACUUUCUGAAUGGUGCCAAACGCUGUUUUGCACAAUAUAUGUGAAAAAUCCAUUAUUUGGAUUAUGGUCCAGCAGUUUCACAAUUUCACUGUAAAGCAUCUUUACCAGCAAAAGAAAGGUCUAAUUCUAACCAGUAUUUCUGCUUCUGUGUUCGACCAUCUUUGGGGUCGUAGUAUUCAUGUGCCUCCUCCUAUUCCUACAGUUAAUGUCUACAACUGGCUUCACAGACUAACAAAGCAGAAGUUGUGUUUAGGCAUCGCUGAAUGGAAUAUCUUAAAAUGUCUUACAGUAUUCACGUCAUUCCUUAUCAAGUGUAAUUCCCUCUGUGUUGGGUAAAAUGUACCUUGAAAGCCCUGAUCUAAUAAAUGUACAGUUAUGUGCAAA